AAACGUGAAUGUCAAUAAUAAGAUUAAGUUUUCAUUUCUGACAAAACAAAACCUCGGACUCAAAAAUGACAAUUUGAACGUUGGACUUGAACAAAAUUAGUAAAUUUUUGUGAUAAAAGAUAAAUUUUUAGGUGAUAUGUCCCAUAAUUAUGAAUUCAAGAGUGUCAUUUGGUAUCAAGAACAUUUUCUCUCUAGCAUCUCGUGAGCGAUGUAUGACCAAUUUCAAACGACUCACCAUUCCAAGAUACGGCAAGAUCCCUACAGACGCAGGGUCCGUAUUAGUUCCAGUUUGUAAAGUAGGUGACAAGCCUUCAUUGUUAUACACCGUCCGCUCCACAAACCUUAGAACCAACAGCGGUGAAGUUUCCUUCCCAGGUGGAAGAACUGAUCAGGACGAGUCCCCCGUGCAGACAGCCUUGAGGGAGACUUACGAAGAAAUCGGAUUGCCGCCAGAUAAGAUAGACGUAUGGGGCCAGGGCCCUCCACUCCCUGGCCGGAAUAAUAAGAUCAUGAUCACUCCGGUUAUUGGCUCCAUAGAGACUUUGUCUCAUGAAGAUUUGACUAUCAACGUAAACGAGAUUGCCGAAGUAUUUACCGUUCCCAUUGAGAUGCUUUGUGAAUCUAAGAAUCAAUUUUAUACUCAAUUCAGCAAUGGAUUCAUAUUGCCCGUUUUUGUGAUUGAAGAAUAUAAAAUUUGGGGAAUUACUGCCUACAUAACGCAUUCAUUUUUAAGUUCCGUAUUGACUAAAGAUGUUUAUAAAAAUGACUGGAUGAAGAAAAAGAUUGUCUUGGACAAGGUCACUGAUAAAUAGAGGCGAAACGAACCAAAUUAA